AUGGGUUGGUUGGAGAAAGAAUCGCCAGAGAAACAAAGAGCUGGAGUAGCCGACUACUUUGCGAUCGUAGGAGUUGGGGAAGACUUGAUAUGGAAUCAUGCUCAGGCAAAGUCAACAAAUGACCAGAACAGUGCACGUCCAGAAGAAGAUGAGGCUAUGCUGAUAGAGCGCUUUUACAGGGAGAUUGUAGACUGCAGAAUUGUGGCUGUAGAAGCGAGUAGAGAAGCAUAUAAGGACAACGCACUCUCCGCGAUUCAAGGACAGUUUGUUCUUGGGGUACCUUCGCCUAGCCUGUCUAACGUAGCUUCGAGGGGUGGAACUGAUGAUGGAGAGGUAGAGUUAGGAGGAUGGACAGUACUGAAGGAGACAAAGCCUAUGGAUGUUGAUGCAGCAUUGGAAACAACGAGCGUCAUUUGCAAUUCGCAAUCUCGAAAAGGUGAAGUCUACCAUGCAAAUCUGGACCCAGUAAGUGGACUUGCGGAAGAACUUCAAAGCUCGUUAGAAGCCCGGCUACAACUUGAGCAAGACAGUCGAAUGUCCAAGUCUACGCCAUUGAAGGAUUUUCGCAGAAAAGUCACAUCAAGCUUCGCACAACGUUUGGUUCUUGCUGAUACCUAUCAAAAGAAGAAGUUCUAUCUAUCGUACAGGCGGCGAGCGCCUGACGAAUUCAGUGAAAAAGCAAUCAGUCAAGUGCAACUUUUGUAUGCUCGAGUACAUAAAGUAACUUUGGAUGCAACAAUAGAUAAUAGAUCAGCAACCGAAAGUGCAGUUACUACUAGCACAGUUUCACAGAAGGGGGCCGCGGCUCUGCUAAGGGUUGCAGAAGCCGGGAAAAAUGUUAUGCAAAGUCGAAUCCUCGGAAGUCCACAGAUUAUGACUCGAGGUUCGAUGGAUAUUGGCGAUCUAGCAGCAGUUGCUUUGGAAACACUGCUUGAGCUUCCUGCAGGUUUUGAUGCAUGGUCGAUUCCUGAGCCAUAUCAAACGAUCAAUCUCCCGUCUCGACACGAGUCGAGAGCAAAUCAACGUGAUCAUCAGAGCACGGUGGACACCCAUUUUGCGUCCGAAGGUAGCAGCAAUGUUGAAAAUGAACAAAAUCGAGAUUGUGCCUCGGAUUGGCAAGAUAUAGUUCGACCAAGGAUUGUAACCAAGGCGUCUGAAGUUGACGAAAGCUAUAUGUACAUUCCAAUCCUUGCUAUUCGUCGACAGCGUGUAGGUGAAGAGGAAAGAUUCAACGAAGAUCCAGCAAUUGUAGAUAUAUGUGUCAGCUUUUGGAAUAGAAUGGGAGAGCCGUCUCUUCCUGUAGAAAAGAUCGACCCUUUCGACGACGAGGAGAUCAAGAGCAUAUUGUUGCGAAGCACGGAAUGGAAGGCUGCUGCUUUACCAGUGCAAUCAGGAGUGUCAUCACAGUAUUGGAGACCCCCUGCCUUUGGAACGAACUGUCUGCUGUUCAAACGAAAUUUACCCUUAGGUUUCUGUGAUGCAACCUUCAAGGCUACAGUGCUAGACCGAUUCCCGUACAGGAAUUACAAGGGACUACCAUUGCCAGAGGAAGAGCUGCCAAUGUUUUGCUAUCCAACGGGAUGUCAUUUGUAUCGUACAAGGUUCAAGGAUGUCCCUCUCCCCCAAUAUUAUGGAUUUGUUGUCAAGAACGAGCGCGGAGACUCAAUAUGCGUUUCCUGCGUCUCCUUUAUGGAACCUCUCACAAAGGAGAAGAAAAGGCAGCUUAGACAAUUGUCAGCAAGGCGAAAGCGUGCGUCGCUACCACACUCAAUUCAUGUCAACGAAAUGGCAUCGGGAUCAAGCAGUGCCGCAAUGCGUCGAGAUGAAUUUCCUGAUAUGCUUACCGCUUUUGAUGAAAUGACUACUUUUGAAAACAAGACGAUUUGCCUCGUUAGUCGAUACCCAUACUGGACUGCUUUUCGAAAGUUCCUGUCGCAUCUACAUUCAAUUUCCUGUUCCUCUUCUGCCCUUCCCUUAGAACGUGUCCCGAUGGCACUUUCAUCUCCGCCUUCCAAAGAUCUGCCACUGGUUGAUUUAUCUUAUGAAAGAUUGAUAUCAUGCCUUGAUAUCCCCACAAUUGUUGCUAUCGUCCUUGGUUUCCUUGCUUUGGAGAAAAAGAUCAUUGUAAUGUCAUCUCAACCGUCACUGGUUUUGGAUGUUUGUGAGCUUCUCCGGUCACUUCUGUUUCCCUUUGAUUUGUGUGCACCAUACGUUCCGAGGUUAACUGAGCCUUUCAUGUCGUGUUUGGACUUUCCUGGAGCAAUAUUUGUCGGUAUUCACGACGACAAGAAGCAAAGCGGUCUUGCAGCAGUAGUUCGUAGAAAUAUGCCCGAAGACAGCACUAUUGUUGACUUGGACUCUGGAAGUAUUGAUUGUAGCGGUGAUAGGGUAAAGCUACUUCAGAGUUCUUGGGAAAUCAUCCCCCAAGGCCCUCGUGGAUCGUUGGUUUCCGAGAUUGAAACUCUCUGCCGAGAUGUUGGUAUGGUCCCUGGAAAAACGACUACUGGCUCGGAUGCGAUUGUCGACGUAUCGUCCGCCACCGCAUUUGUAGAUGAUCACAAUGGCUUUGGAAGUGUCAACGGGGAGCCAUUAGAUGAUCGUGCUAUUCGGGAUGCGUUUCUUAGGUUCUUUUGCUCCAUUAUGGGUGGCUAUGAGCGGUAUCUUGUUGUCCCAGAUGCUGACUUUCUUGUCAGUGGAGAAGACUGGUUUGAUUCCAAAGGGUUUGUUUCAUCUGUCUCCGAAGACAAAGCGCCUUAUCUAGGUCUAUUUGUUUCUACUCAAUUAUUUCAAGCCUACAUCCAACGCCGAACCGAAGCAAGCGAUGUACAUUGUCUCUUGUUCGACGAGUGUGUUGUGGAGUAUCAUUCCUCGAUAUCCCAUUCUCCGUAUGGAAGACUGGGAAGUGAGGUCGAAACUUUGCAAUCACACGAUGACGCUUCACCACAGUUGCUUUACAGUCUUCUCGUCGAUCAAUCGGCUUCCGAAGCAAGACUUCCAAGACCGGAAAUAAUAGGUGACACAGAUUCGAAGCACGGGAGCGAAAGUGACAGCUCUGCGCAACAUUCCGAGAAGACUAACAACGGCGAUUUUGCGCUCAAUUCAACGGGCGAUUUGGUGACUGUGCCUUCUGCUCGAGAUAUUCCCGACGCCUCUCGGUUUGUCUAUUGCAUCGACGGAAAUACAACAUUCCCUGAUCGUUUAAACGCAGACUUUUAUUUUCCCCGAGAACCAGAGUCAUGGUUAGUUGAAAUGUCGACUGCCCCAACUCCAAUGCUUACUCGAAGCGAGCAAGAGAUCGAAGAGGCUGACCGACGACAGAAGUUGGCAAUAUCGUCUCACGGGCUACAAAGCCAAAGAAGAUGCCUUUGGCAAUUUCCCAAGCUCAUGGGGUCGCACUUCUUGGGUGCUUGGUUGUUGUGUAUGCCAACAUUCGUCGCCCAAAAUCAUAUUUCGCAUCAGACCCAGUCGAAGUAUCUUCUGUAUGCACUUGGGGGCCUUCGACUUCUCCGUGGAAAGCGGCGCAUUGUGCCGGACGAAGCAGCGUACAGAGCUCUAAUCGUUGCAUGUGGCCGAACAAAGAGCGAUCGUAGGAUGGAACUUGUCAAGAUAUUUGGUCUUCUACGGUCAGAUGGUAUUUUUCCCAGUGCAGUUACUCUCGGACAAUACACCAGAGCCCUUGCUGAGGGGUACUCGAAACGCUCCAUUGGGACAACAGAAGAGAGCAUGAUACAGAUUGAUGACCCCAUAACUGAAAAUGUGAAAUCAGAAAAAGAGGCAAAGACCCCAAAAGUUUUGGAACCGGGAUUGUUUCUUAGUUCUCUUGAUAGCAACCUGAAUAGCCUUGAAGAAGCUGGUCGGCGUUGGCGACAGAACAAAUACAAAGAUCAAGAUCCUGUUUCUAGUCAAUUUGAGUCAGCUCUGAACGAUACUUCCCAAUCAGUUUUGGUCGAUCAAAUAAAAAGGCGGUCGAACAAGCCAUGGCUGCCAGUCUCGAUGUCGUCAUCAUUUUUGGUGGACAUGAGAUCACCAGAAUCUGUUGCCAGCUGUGGAAGGCUGGAGAAGGAAUCGAUCCGACUGGUUGCGAUAUGGUCUCGAACGCAAGCCUGUGAAGCUUGUGGAUACAUACUCUUUGACGAAGAGAUUCAAGCUGGAUGGGAUGCUAUUCAAACUAAUGACACCAGCGGCUCAGUGAAGUGCCCUCGCUGCAGGCAUCUAUAUAUGCCGAUGCUAGGAUACAAGGAGUUUUCGAUUGAAGAAGCUCUAACUGCUACUGAGGCUUUGAAGACACCAGGUGAUCGGGACAAUAAAAUGAAACCUCUCCCGCCGCAGAUGGGGUCAGUAUUCAGCCAUACCGAUGCGGCCUAUGUUACCUACAUCAGUCCUGCGUCAAUGAGAUUGUCCCUUGAAAAACAGAUAAAGGAGAAUGGAGAAGGAAUUUUGGAGAGAGAUACAUUGAAGCGACUUGAUCCACAGCUCUACUACAAUCUCUGGUGGUACUCUGCUCGCUUUUCCUUGCCGUUGCCCCUCCCAGUAUCCGACUCAAUGAGCAAACACUAUUGUGCGUUUGCAGCCUGGGACUAUAACGUAGCAGUUCGUGCCUGCCAUAGUUGUGCCCGAGUGCUUUAUCCUUUCUCAACAGAAAGGCAAACCCACCACGAGUUGACGAUUGCAAGUGCAGAGUCCCUUGGUGAUGAUCCACUUUUGAGUAAAUUCAAUCUUCAAGGUUACUUCUCACAUGUAUGGGAUCACGAAGAUUUGUCGGGCAUUUUGGUGUGCUUGGUUGAAGCUUGUGAUAAGCGUGAUUUUAAGCCUGCCAUUGAAUGUUUGAUUGGCUAUAACGAAAGAAGGCGCAAGAACUUGGCACUCCAUUCUACGAACAAAUACGGCGAGACAAAGUACUUCGAGGGCGGCACUGUUGUCGACCAAAGGGACAUCGAAUACGAUUUAUAUCGGACAAUAUUGUAUCUAGCGAAGUAUCAGUGUACAACAGCCUUUCAUGUGUUUUUUCCCGCAACACUCAAGCCGUGUAAAGGAUACCACUUCUGGUGUCCUGUUGCCCCGAUCCCAAUUUUUGACCGUCUAUUUCGAGAUGGAUUGGAACGGAUAAGAUCCAGCAAACAGAACGCACAUCACAUUGCCAAUGCAAGAGAUGUCUCUGAUGUUGCCUUGGCAUUUCGAUCUGUUUUUGGUCACAUAGUGUAG